GAAAGACUUGCUCAGUUGGAAAUUUUUCUCUGUGCAGGAAGAAUUUGAUUCCAUCACAAGCUUCAUCAUCGUCGUUCUCGCCGGAGGGGGAAAAAAUACCUCCGCUGCAUAGAUUUCGAUAUAUUCAAUUUCGGUAAUUUCAGAGCUCGUAAUCACCUCGGAUUCGUCACGUAUUCGGAGCAGCAAGUUACCCUUUUUUUUCAGCUUCUUCUAGGUAAAUGCAUUAAUGAUUAUCAAUGCCGUUAUUGUACUGAUUUCUUCAUUUACGCAUUUAGUUUUUUUUUAAGAAGAGAGAAACUGGAUUUAGAAGAUUAAUUGUUUGGAUAAUGCUGUUUAGUGAUCUUUAAUAAUGUGUGUUUAUCUGAAUAAUUUUUAAACAAUCCCUAGCUGCUGUUGCUGUUUGAAGUUAGGAAAAGUGAUUUUAGCGCUGGUUUUUUCCAAUUUCUCAUGGCACAGUAGAAGAUUGAAGGAAACCGUAGUGAUUAAUGUAUGUUCUCCGUAAUGUUUUGAUGUCGAUGUUUUCCUCUUUUUUGUUUGUUUCAGCUGUUAUUUGUGCAUGUAUAUUGCAUAAAGUAUCACUAUUUUGAUUUCGCGGAUUUAUUUUUCUGAUUUAGUCCUGGAAACGUAUAUAGCCGUCAUUUUAGUGUUUUCUCUGUACCUAUGAUGUAUCAUUUUAGUGUUUUUUUUAAUGGUUUUUUUCCGUCAAAAUGGUAUAAUUUUUAUUCUAGUAAAUAGAAGUGCAAUACUUUUGACGGAUCUUAGAGAUUGAACUGUCUUUGUCAUAGUUAGAGUGGUGUUCAUCCAAGGUUCUGUUUCUAAGGAUAGCUUAUGAUUCCUUAGCAGGAUACCAAUAAUCUAGAUCCACUAGUAUUGGAUGAAAACUACGAGUUUGUAGUGGUUCUUCAUGUGGUUUUCAGUUUUGUAAUUUCUAAAUUUUAGGAAUUUAAAUGAUGCCAGGGAGUUUCAGUAAUAGAGUUUUGAGGUACCUGAGCAUGUUCAUUUGUGAUCUAUGAAUGAAACAAGUAGGGAACAUCGAUGAUGUAAAUGCACUGAAUUUUGGUUGUUUAUGUUUACUUUUGGACUGUAUAUUUGAUUACUUUAUUCCGACUUAUCACCAUUGGUAACCUGCUCCACCUAUCAUUUAGAUUUUCUGUGGAAAUAAUACUAGAUGAGAACCGAACAUGUAUCCAAGGAAAAUAGCAUUUCAAGAUUUCUAUGGAGGAAAAUUUGGCUCUUUUUUCUCAUGUUCUACAGGCAUGGCAUUCUAUAGAUGGUUUUAUCUGCUCGAAGCACCGAGCUUGAUGUAGCAGCUUAAAUGACUAACUUACAGCGAAACAGUGUUGCUGAGAGGAACAUUGAUCAGGCUAUUACAGCAUUGAAAAGAGGCUCGUAUCUACUAAAGUAUGGCCGCAGAGGGAAGCCAAAGUUUUGCCCUUUUCAGCUCUCUAAUGAUGAGACAACACUAAUAUGGUUUGUUGGUAAGGAGGAGAAACAGCUUCGACUGAAUCAUGUUUCACGAAUUAUACCUGGACAGCGUACUGAUGUAUUCCAACGUUUUCCUCGACCUGAAAAGGAAUAUCAAUCAUUUUCUCUUAUAUAUGGAAAACGAUCCUUGGAUCUGAUGUGCAAAGAUAAGGAUGAAGCAGAAAUCUGGUUUAUCGCCCUUCAGGCAUUGAUCUCAAAGGGGAAUUAUCAAAGAUGGAAAACAGAAGUAAAAGGUGAUGAUAUAUCAUCAGACACUUCAAGUGCUGAUGCUCAAAGGAAUAUACGGCCCACUGUGUCAACUGGCAGUGGAGAUGCUGCUUAUGAGGAUUCCAGACAAGUACAUAGAAACCUGCUUUCUCUUCAAAAGCCUCCACAGAAAAAAUUGGGAAGAGUAUUUUCGGAAUUCUUACUUAACAAUUCAGUGGAUUUUUCUCCUCAGAGAGAUUCUUUCACAAAUUCAACAAGCUCAAUGUCCUGCACAAAUACAGAUGAUGUAAGUGGGCAAAGCUCUGCUGAUACUUCACGAGUAAGUUCUUCCAGUGCACUUUCUUCAUCUAGCCAGAGGUCCUUUUUUGAAGAUUUUGAUAGACUAUGUGAUCUUUUCAUCUGGGGGGAAGGAACUGGUGAUGGAUUGUUGGGUGGGGGUGUGCACAAAGUCGGAGAGAUUUCUGGUGCUAAAAAAGAUGCAUUUCUGCCAAAGGCUCUGGAAUCAACACUGGUACUUGAUGUUCAGAAUAUUGCUUGUGGAAGUAGACAUGCUGUUUUAAUUACAAAAAGGGGAGAGGUAUUCAGUUGGGGUGAGGGAUCUGGUGGUAGGCUUGGACAUGGAGUAGAAACUGACAUUGCUAAUCCAAAACUAGUAGAGACUCUCAAUGGAUUGAGUAUCAACUCCGUUGCUUGCGGUGAAUAUCAUAAUUGUGCUCUCACAGUAUCAGGAGACCUCUAUACAUGGGGAGAUGGAACUCAUAAAUUAGGCCUUCUUGGUCAUGGAAAUGAAGUUAGCCACUGGACUCCAAAAAAAGUAACUGGUCAGAUGGAGUGCUUAUAUGUGUUGUCUGUUUCUUGUGGACCCUGGCAUUCUGCAGCUAUCACUUCGCUAGGUCAAUUAUUCACAUUUGGAGAUGGAUCCUUUGGUGCUCUAGGUCAUGGAGAUCGUAGCAGCUCAAGUGUUCCCAGGGAAGUUGAAACUCUAAAAGGAUUUCGAACAGUAAGGGUUUCUUGUGGAUUUUGGCAUACUGCUGCUGUAGUAGAUGUUUCUUUUCAAUCAACAAGUUCAGAAACCUCAUCAGGUGGAAAGCUAUUCACAUGGGGAAAUGGGGAUGAAGGCCAACUUGGACAUGGGGAUAAAGAACCUAGACUUUUACCAUUCUGCAUUACUGCUCUUGAAGAGAUGAGCUUUUGUAAAGUGGCCUGUGGUCAAAGCAUCACAGUUGCUCUUACAGCCUCAGGUGAAGUAUACACUAUGGGAAGAGCGGACUAUGGACAACUGGGAAAUCCUGGACAUGCUGGUGGGCUGCCCACUUGUGUGCAGGGAAAAUUGAAAAACAUUUUUAUUGAAGAUAUAGCUUGUGGCUCUUUUCAUGUUGCGGCCCUGAGUUUGACAUCUGAAGUUUACACCUGGGGGAGGGGAAAAAAUGGUCAGUUAGGGCAUGGGGACUUUAAUGACAGGGACAUUCCUACACUAGUUGAAGGUCUGAGGAACAAACAAGUAAAGGCUUUAGCUUGUGGGAACAACUUCACUGCUGCUAUAUGUCUUCAUAAACAAGUGUCUCUAGCUGAUCGUUCAACUUGUUCAGGUUGCACUCGUCCGUUUAAUUUCAAAAGGAAAUGUAAGAACUGCUACAAUUGUGGGCUUGCCUUCUGCAGGGCAUGCUGCAGUAAGAAAUCUCUAAAAGCUUCUUUGGCUCCAAAUAUGAAGAAACCCUAUCGAGUUUGUGACAAUUGCUUUGCCAAACUGCAUAAGGGCUCGGAUUCAGGUUUUAGUUUUCUACCUCCCAAGGCCUUGAGCGGAACCAAGGGGAGAAAUGCUGUUGAGGAAAAGGAGAAAGAGAACUUUCACACCAAACCUCAUGGUUUUCUUUCUAAACUCUCCUCUUUUGAUUCAUUCAGACGAUCUAAUAUUGGACAUUACAAGAAGAGCCUAAAGUCAACCUCAAUCAGUGGGCAUUCCUCUUCCAUCAGUAGUGACAAUUCACUAUGUGAUAAGUCAUGCAUACCAACUCCAUCAAGGUCUAUGUUGGACUACCCUGAGAAAGUAUCUAUUUCUGCUCCUGGUUCAACAGGGCAUUCUCAACCAUCAUCUCCUUGCUCUAGAGGAUCAAGUCCAUUUCAAUCUGCAUUGGUUAUGCCUUCUUCUUCUCCUCCUCUUUCAAUUCCUGAUGCAGUAUUUGAUGAUUCAAAGCAGAAAAGUGACAGUUUGACAAAAGAAAUAUUGCUCUUGAGAGAACAGGUGGAGAUUCUUACCUGCAGAUCUCAGUUCCUGGCAUCAGAACUGGAAAGAACAUCAAGCCAAAUAAAGAACGCUACAGAAUUAGCAAGGUAUGAGGCAGAGAAAAACAAUGCUGCAAAGGAAGUAAUAAACUCACUGAUCAGGCAGUUGAGGGACAUGUCUGCAAAAGUGCCUCAAGGGGCUUCCUCGUGCAGAACUUCGGAUCCAUUUUCAGAGAACAACUCCAAUUCCCUGAGCAUUUCUUCUUCCUGGAGCCAAUUAACCAGCUAAGCUCCAAUGAGCUUGGGAGGUGUUCUGCACAUAGUUGUAGAGGAUGUCUGACAUUAAGUAGAUUUAGACACUAACUCAAGCCACUUGGCAGUCUUCUGGACAAAUUCACUUCAGUUUUGGACUGUCUUCUCUGUCUAUCUGUUGCAGCUUGAGACAUUGACAACUAAGAUCGAUAUCCGAGCAAAUGAUAAACUGAUGCAGUUAGAGCAGCAAGACUUGGGUUGUACCAUAUCUUCGGCUUUAUAGCUACCCUUUUUCUGAGAGCUCUUUCACUUUUGUUUUGACAGUAAUGAAAUUCUGCUUCAGAUGUGAUGUACAGUCAUUCUUGCCCGGUGUAUGGUUAGCAUUACGUGUAGAGGCGUUAGAGAGUAGGCAAGGAAAAGAACGCUAAGAUGCAGUUCAGCAUUCUGCUGCGAAGCGUGAUUUUCUCAUGGUGCUUCCAUGCAAUGUCGGUUUUUUCUUUUCAGGGUAUUUUGAAAUUUGAUCCCUAUUGUGAAAUUUCCGCAGCUAAUAUGAAGGAUUGCCUUCAUCGCCUGCUUAUAGUUUGUUCCAAUUUUCUUGUGAUGACUGUUUUUCCAGAAUGUUGGAAAAACAAAAAAGAGAAAGAGAACAACUUUUGAAUACAAAA